AUGAAGUGUCUCAGUGAUAUUCGUGAAGUCGAGAAGUGCAUCAAUAUUAUGGUCGAUUGUGUCGAUACCUGGAGAAAUCUCAGUGCCCAAUUAGAAGCUACGAAAAAGGCAACAUUUAAUAUUAAUAUAAAAUAUGAGUAUGCAUUCUCACUGAUGCCGCGGUACACAUCGCUUAUGCUGCACUCAUCAAGUUGGCAACCGGGAUUAAUGGCACGAAUCGAACUUGAAAUCGAUGCUGUUGCUAGCAAAUUGUCCGAACAAUGGAAACACGUUGAGGAAAUCACCGAUAUGCUAAACAAUUUUGUCGCAGCUGAAUGUCAGUCUCAAAAGACUACACAAUUUUCUUUUCUUCGACAAGAUCUUCAGCAUCUUCUAUCAUAUCUUGUGGUGGAAGUAAUGAAGUGGUAUGAAAUAGACAAUAAAGCGACUUGUCCCGCAGUUAUUGCAUCCAUCAAACCAAAUGUUAAUGUGGUAAAAGCCAUGGCGCGCUGCAUGCAAAGUUUGGAAACCACUGUAAAUCAUAUGUCCAAAAAAUCUUGA